GUCGCCAUUUCGGAGGCAACAUUUAAGGAUAUCGGAAUUAUGCAACUAAAGGUAAUAACCGGAUAAAAGAGUCACUUUAAAUUAAGUUAGCGGCGAUCGAUGACAAGUGCUUCACUAUAAAAGCAAGAACACUGAUCAGACUAGUCUUACUUGGUGCUGACCAGCACUGAGAGAAUUCAGGAUAAUUUGAUCGUUAUUAGUCACCAUGUAUGACAAAUUCGUACGAUUGAAAACACAACGAUAAUAGAAUUUAAACGAAAUUUCUCAUCUUUGAAUCGAAAGCAUUCAACAAGUAUAAAGUUAAUAAAACAUGUCGAAAAUAUACCAAGCAUUCUUAACGUUCUACACGUUUCUCUUCUCUCCGUUAGUUCUUCUGCUAUUAGUAUGUUCCUACGUAUCUCGCUGCAUCGUAGAGAUCGUUCUAAGGAUACAAUUGAAGGACAAAUUUGCUGGUUUCCUUGAUGGAACAGAUAGCGUUUGGGCCAUAGAACACUCAUCGGCACUUUCCGUGAACAACAUCCUUUUGAUCUUAGAGAAGGACGCACGCCAUUCGAAUAUGAACUUCAUGGAGAGUUUUCGUGAUUUGGCAAAGAAUCGUAUAGUGAGUUCGUCUUUCGAGAAAUUGUCACACAAGAGAAAAAGCAAGUUUGGUUAUUAUUUCUGGGAAAGGAGCGAAGAGAUCGACUUAAAAGAACGUAUCAGAUGGUUGGAGUAUGAGCGCGCGAACUGCGAUGGAUCCUGUGAUAAUAUUUACAAUGGGAACUUGAAGAAGGUCUUGUGGAACAUUUGCAAUCAGCCCUUGCCAGAGAAUCAUACGGCAUCCUGGGAAAUUUUGAUCGGAAAAUCCUGUCCCAGGUCUAGUCAUCAUUACCUUCGACGAAUGGAGGAGCGAUUGGCGAGUAAAAUCAGGAUUCCCAUUUUAUUCCGUGUGCAUCACUCUCUGGGAGAUGGAAUGGCCCUUCUCAAGUUCUUUAGGGACGUUAUCAUCGACAAGGAUCCAAUGCCGGAAACAUUCUUGCAGCUGGAGAACACAACUUUCAAGAUAAAAGGCGAGAAAAAGAGGUCGAAUAUGACAGUAUCUGUGAUAAAUCCUGCGGAUCCUUGCUCGAGUGGAAACAAUAAUUCCAAGUGUUCGUUUCAAAAGGAAGUCAUGUCGGCGUCUAUGCCCUUCAUCCACUUUAUAGUGUACUCAUAUUUCAUUAAACUAUUAAGAGAGCAGUUCGCUGUGAGAAGGGAGAACUUGCAAAAUUUUAAUUUGCAAGAUUUGAAGUACGAAAUAAGAGAGUUUCUGCGAAGAGAACGAGAUAAAUUAAACACUUUUUUCUUAGAAGUUGUUUGUAAAAAGGCACAGAUAUAUCUGAAAAUGGCGAAGGUUAUCAUAAGUAUUCCUGGUUGCUUGAUUCAACAAGCUUUUCGUAGCAUGGAUAAAAGUGCACUCCAUGGAGCAGAAUUGUCAGGCGAAAAGUUGGUUUCUUACUGGCUCGAGGACGAUUUCAAGAACACCUGCAAUCAAAAACUAUUUACGAAGAUUCAAAACAUAAGGAGUAUUACAGGUGCUAGGUUUGGAGACGUGUUAUUAGCUGCUUUGUCUGUUAGCUUACAUAAGUACUUCAUUCGCAUGAACGAACCUGUUCCAACCAAAUUGAGUGUCGUCCUGCCGAUGAAAAUAGAGGAAUGGAGCCAGAAUCUUCCGUUGCAAAAUAAUUUUUCAGUUGGCAUACUACCGCUUUGCAUUUCACAGAUAAACGGCAAAGAAUUAGCAGAUCCACGAGAAAAUUCUCAAAUUUUAGAACGCCUUGAGAAUAUCAAAAGAGCGAAUGAUACUCUCAGAAAGAGUCCCGAUUACACAGUAAAUUUCCUAGUGAUGAAAUAUCUCUCAGCUCUAUUGCCUGAUAAAUUGUUACGACCGAUUUUUAAGAGUCACAGUACGAUGGUAUUUAGUAAUUUAGUUGGUCCUCAGGAAGUGAAACUUUUAGGUCACCCUUUAAAAAAUAUCGUUUUUUGGAUACCAAACAGGAGUUACACAGGAAUUGGAUGUUCAUUGUUAACUUAUCGGGGUUAUUUACAUUUGUCUUUGAUUGCUGAUAAAGCUUUAGUACAAAACGAAAAGUUUCUUACACAAAUUUUGGAGAACACUGUGAACGAGAUCGAUAAUCUUUACGACAGAUUAACACUGUCAUUCUUUUCGAAGAAGCUUCGUAGAAGCAUAUCAACACCCACUAAAAAAGCAAACGGUGUGUUGUAAAAUUGUGGAACUUUGUAUUUAUUUUUUUCACUCAUUAUUUACUUUCUUCAUCAACUCUUAUUUUAUUGUAAAGGACAGUGCUUUUACCAUUGUAUUUUACCAUCAAAAGUCUUUGUAAAUAAUUGUUGUUUGAGUUGAGGCGAGACGAAAGUUUUGUGUACUCCCAUGAUUUGUAUUUUUACUAUGUAUAAUUAAAAAAUAUAUUUUCU